AUGCCUGCGGGAGAAGACGGUGGCUUGCUAUCCAAAGAUCCCAUGCGGCGAGCAUUGCGCUCGAUUGUCACACAAUGCUAUAAUUUUUUUACAAUUAUUAUUUUAAAUUUAUUAGUAAUUAAUUUUGCAACGCCAUCAUCUAGAUUGGAUAAUUCUUGUAAUUGUGUUUGUGGAGUUCGAGGACGAUCGAAUCGUAUUGUAGGCGGAAAAGAAGCUACACCUCAUGAUCAACCAUGGUUAGCUGGUUUGUGGCGCCAAGGUAAAUUAUACUGUGGUGCUACGGUAUUAUCACGUAAUUUUUUGAUUACGGCUGCACAUUGUGUUUAUGGUUUCAAUCAUAAAGAAAUACGGGUAUAUAUUGGAGGUCAUGAGAUACGUAAAGAUUAUACUGAAGUCACUAAAAUUAAAAAUGUUUAUGAUCAUGAAAAAUUUGAUGUUGUAUCAUUUAAUAAUGAUAUUGCUUUAAUUGAACUUGAAAAACCAUUGGAAUUUGGUCCAAAAGUUCAACCGAUAUGCUUACCAAGUGCAACUGAUACUGAUUAUGCUGGAGUAUUAACAUCAGUUUCUGGUUGGGGACGUACUGGUGAAAAAGACAAAACAUCAAAAGUACUUAAUUCAGUUAUAGUUCCAAUUUGGUCACAAGAACAAUGUAAAGAGGCUGGUUACGGAGCAAAAAGAAUAACAGAGAAUAUGAUGUGUGCUGGAUAUCAUGAUGGUGGAAGAGAUGCAUGCCAAGGUGAUAGUGGUGGUUCAGCAAUAGCAGAAGGUCCAAGUGGAAGUGCUGAAAUUAUUGGUGUUGUAUCAUGGGGACGUGGAUGUGCAAGGCCUAAUUUGCCUGGAAUUUAUACACGUGUUUCAAAUUAUAUGGAUUGGAUUAAUGACAAAAUUUCCGAUGAAUGUUUAUGUCAACCAAAACAAUCAGCACGUACUGGUUUUUUCGAUAGUUUUUUCAAUUAUGUUGGCUUAUGGAUGUAUUUUAGAAAUUAUAAUAAAAAUUCCAAGAGUCUGCAUUUUAUGGAAGAAACUGAAAAAGAAAUUUCAAUUUAUGAUUCGGUAGUAAAAGUCUCGGAGAAUGAUGUAUAUAGUGAAAGUGAAAAUAUUCUGAAAGAAAUGAAAAAUUUUCCACCAAAUCGAACUGCAAGAUUUCUAUUUGAUGCUCUAUUUCGUAUUGGAAGCGAUUUAAAUAGCAUUUUGGAUUAUGAUGAUGCAGAUCAAGAUGUCGAUUACGAUAUAAAUAGUCACGUUAGAACAUGUGAUUGUGAAUGUGGUCAUUCAAAUGAAGAAAUAAGAAUUAUAGGUGGUAGACCAACUGGUGUUAAUCAAUACCCAUGGAUGGCUCGGCUAGUUUAUGAUGGAAAAUUUCAUUGCGGUGGAACAGUUUUAACAAAAGAUUAUGUUCUAACAGCAGCACAUUGUGUUAAACGAUUGAGAAAAUCAAAAAUUCGUAUUAUAUUUGGUGAUCAUGAUCAACAUGUUACUAAUGAAACGCAAGCAAUACAACGAGCUGUUACAAAAAUUGUAAAACAUAGAAAAUUUGAUCCGGAAACUUAUAACAAUGAUAUUGCACUUUUAAGAUUAAGAAAAUCACUGAAUUUAUCUAGAAAUAUUUUACCUAUUUGUUUACCACGUUAUAAUUAUGAUCCCGCUGGAAGAAUUGGAACGGUCGUUGGUUGGGGUAGAACAUCUGAAGGUGGUGAGCUUCCAGGUCUUGUAAGUCAUGUUAAAGUGCCAAUAAUGACAAUUACAGAAUGUCGUAAUCAAAAAUAUAAAAGUACUAGAAUUACUUCAAGUAUGGUAUGUGCAGGAAAACCAAAUAUGGAUUCAUGUCAAGGUGACAGUGGUGGUCCUUUACUUUUAUCAAGUGGUCUUAAAUACCAUAUUGUUGGAAUAGUAUCGUGGGGUGUCGGCUGCGGGCGUGAAGGAUAUCCAGGUGUUUAUACUCGCGUUAGUAAAUUUGUUCCAUGGAUAAAAGCAAACUUAGAUAGCACAUGUCUUUUUUUUAUUCUAUUUGGAUUUCUUAGUCAAUAUUGUUUUGCUAAUCCAAAAACUAUUGUACCGGGAAAAUAUCGUGCCUAUACACAAAAUAAAGAAUUAGAAAAUAAUAGUAUAAAUAAACCUGGAAAAAUUUUUGGUGUCUUUAAUCGUAAUCGUAGUAAUACACCACCAAGACAUGAUACACCAGCAAGUCCUUGUACCUGCAGGUGUGGAGAACGUAAUGAUGAGACACGUAUCGUGGGUGGACAAGAUGCUGGUGUCAAUGAAUUUCCAUGGAUGGCACGUCUAAGUUAUUUCAAUAGAUUUUAUUGCGGUGGUACAUUAAUUAACGAUCGAUAUGUACUUACAGCGGCACAUUGUGUUAAAGGAUUUAUGUGGUUUAUGAUAAAGGUGACAUUUGGUGAACAUAAUCGUUGUAACGAUACUGUACGGCCAGAAACACGUUUCGUAUUAAGAGCAAUUUCACAAAAAUUCAGCUUUACGAACUUUGAUAAUGAUAUUGCGUUAUUAAGAUUAAAUGAUCGUGUUCCAAUUACUGAUUUUAUCCGGCCGAUCUGUUUACCUGCAAAAACAAAAAAUCGUUAUGUUGGUACAAAAGGUGUUGUAACCGGUUGGGGAACACUUAAAGAAGACGGCAAACCGUCAUGUAUUCUACAAGAAGUUGAAGUUCCAGUUUUAGCAAAUGAUAUUUGUGCAAAAGAAACAAAUUACACACAAAAAAUGAUUACAGAUAAUAUGAUGUGUGCAGGUUAUCCUGGUGUUGGUCAAAGAGAUUCUUGUCAGGGUGAUUCCGGUGGACCGAUGGUAGCUCAAAGAUCUGAUAAACGUUAUGAACAAAUUGGUAUUGUUUCUUGGGGCAAUGGUUGCGCUCGACCUCAUUAUCCUGGUGUUUAUACAAGAGUAACAAACUAUUUAGAUUGGAUAGAACAAAAUUCAAAAGAUGGUUGUUUUUGUAAUGAAUAAAUUUAAAGAUAUAUAUAUACACUAAACAUACAUAUAUAAAAUAUUAUUUACCUAUCUACCUUUAUAUAUUAUUAUAUAUAUAUAUAUAUCUAUAA